AUCAUACGGUGGGGGUGUAUGACGGGUCUUUCCAACCAUUGGAUGUUCACUUUACCUCACCGUUCGCCGCAGAGAAUCUAGUCUGUGGACUCGUAUUGCUCCAACAAAUAAUUAGAAGGGGGCUUCCUCGUGGCGGGAAAGUGUUCCUUGCAAAUUGCAAGCUUCGAAGUGGUUUUCUUAAUCCUUUCUUAUUAGGGUUUUCGAACGGUAAAUACAUAGUCAUAUAUUCCCUAUAGAAGAAGAAGGUUGGGCACGCGUUGGUGCGAGAGAAAAUCCUAUCGGUGCAUUUCUGAUCGGAACACAAUGCCAACUUACAAGAUCAGAGGGAUCGAUGUUGAUUUCCCUUUCGAGGCUUACGAUUGCCAGUUAGUUUAUAUGGAGAAAGUCAUCCAGUCGUUACAGGAUAAAUGCAAUGCAUUAUUGGAGAGUCCUACUGGAACAGGAAAGACCCUGUGUCUUCUCUGUGCUACAUUGGCUUGGAGGAAGAGUUUGGGUCCUUUCUCAACUGGAAAGAAUGCGCGGAAAGCUCAGAAUAUGGAAGACAAGGACUUACCUCUAUCACAAUCGCAAUCUGGAACCAGAAAUCUCCCUACUAUCGUAUACACUUCACGCACCCACAGCCAGCUCCAGCAAGUAAUUCAAGAGUUAAAAAGAACCAAUUACAGGCCGAAAAUGGUGGUAUUAGGUUCUCGGGAGCAAUUGUGCAUUCAUGAUGAAGUGCGUAUUCUUCAUGGGAGAGCACAAACCAAUGCUUGUCAUUCCCUUUGUAGGGGCCGCAAAAAGCGAUGCACCCAUUAUUCUCGUGUAGCAGAUUAUGUGAAGCGUCAUCCUAAUCUCGGAGAUGACCCUAUUGACAUAGAGGACCUGGUUAAUAUUGGACGAACUGAUGGGGCGUGCCCUUACUAUACUUCAAGAGAGCUCCACAAGAUUGUUGAUAUUUUGUUUGCUCCUUACAACUAUCUCAUAGAUCGUAAGAACUGUAAAACUCUUAGUCUGGAGUGGCAUAACAGUGUACUCAUAUUUGAUGAGGCUCACAACUUGGAAAGCAUAUGUGCAGAUGCAGCAUCCUUUGACAUACCAUCUGGCCUUCUGUCUGCUUGCAUUUCUGAAGCACAAAAAUGCGUUGACCUUUCUAUUGCAAAGAAGGCAAUUGAACAAUCAAAUGAUAAAGCCCUUAAUCCAGAUAAUUUUGCUAUUCUUAAAGCUCUUCUGCUGAAGCUGGAGAAGCGAAUUGCUGAAGUACCAAUUGAAUCCAAGGAGUUUGGUUUUACUCGACCAGGGCCUUAUGUCUAUGAAUUGCUUGCUGAUCUGAAUAUCACAUAUGAAACUGCCAGUAUGUUAAUUGAUACAAUUGAAGUAGCUGCAUCGCUUCUUGAGGAAGAUGGAGGGCCACAAAAGGCAAAUGGCACUGUAUGCAGGCUCGAAAGUAUGGGUGAUAUUCUUUUCACAAUUUUUAGAGAUGGGAGUAAAGAUCAUGCCAAAUUCUAUCAGGUUCACGUGCAGGAAGUAGAAGCGAGUACUACAGAUGUCUUUAGAGGCAAGGCAUCAAGGAUUCUCAGCUGGUGGUGUUUCAACCCAGGAAUGGCAAUGGAGAGAUUCUCCAAGCUGGGUGUUGGUUCUAUCAUUUUGACAUCUGGCACAUUAUCUCCACUUGAGUCAUUUGCGCAGGAGUUGAAGUUAGAAUUUCCUGUUCAGUUGGAGAAUCCUCAUGUUAUAUCUUCAAAUCAAAUCUGGGCUGGAGUUGUAUCUAAUGGUCCAUCUGGUUGCUCUUUCAACUCCUCUUAUCGAAAUCGUGAUUCUCUAGAAUACAAGCAAGAUCUGGGGAAUGCUAUUGUAAAUUUUGCUCGAAUUGUACCUGAUGGACUGCUUGUUUUCUUUCCAUCAUACUACCUUUUGGACCAGUGUAUUGGGUGUUGGAAGACCAUGGGUCAUACAAACUCCACAAAUUCGAGCACAAUCUGGGAAAGGAUCUGCAGACACAAGCAACCUGUUGUAGAACCUAGGCAAUCUGCACUCUUCCCUUCUGCAAUUGAAGACUUCAUGACUAAAUUGAAGGACGCAUCUACAUCUGGUGCAGUUUUUUUUGCUGUCUGCCGCGGCAAGGUAAGUGAAGGAUUAGAUUUUGCCGAUCAUGCUGGGAGAGCUGUCGUAAUCACUGGUAUACCAUUCGCCAUGAGGACUGAUCCAAAGAUUCGGCUGAAACGUGAGUACUUGGAUCAACAAGUUCAAUCACAAAUGAAAAAUUUUAAGUUUUUGACUGGAGAGGAAUGGUACAGACAACAGGCAUCUCGGGCUGUGAAUCAGGCUGUUGGGCGCAUCAUUCGUCACAGAAAUGAUUAUGGAGCAAUUAUCUUAUGUGAUGAAAGGUUCAUGCAACCAGGUCGGCAAGGUGAAAUGUCACUUUGGCUGCGGCCAUAUGUCAAGUGUUACUCUAAUUUUGGUGAAGUAGUCUUCACGCUAACUCGGUUUUUCAGAGAUGGAGGGAAAUUUGAUCUGAAAACUUCAAACAGAGGCAUCAGGGAUGUGAAAGGGGUGAAGGUCAUCCAGCCUCAGGACAAAUUCUUAUGGGAUAAACCUUGUAUCGAUUCGAUAACUUCAGUUGAUGGAUGUUGUUCCGAGCAGCCAUUAUCCUCUGUACCUGCCGCCGGUAGAGGCAACACCACGAGCCAGUUGGAUGCAAUUCUUCCUGCUAACCGCUCAACUCUUACUCCUUGCAAGCAAACUCAUCCUUUGGCCAUAAAAUAUUCAGGAGUUCUUUCUCAUGGUGAGAAAAAUUUGUGGGCUUCCAAGCGAAAAGAUCAACACUAUCAAAACAGUGGAGUAAUUGAUUUGACCAUUGAUUCUCCGUUGGAUGAAAAGCCUAGCACAGCAGAACUUAUGGAAUCUUGUUCUUCAAAGAAGCCUAAAAUAUUGGAAACAGAUUAUGCUGUAACAAAAUUUUCUGAAAACUCUCGUUUGAGUGAGCAUUUAUAUGAUGUCAAGACAGCACAAUCAAACCACACUUCCAUUAAAAUAGAGAAACAUGGAAAACAAUCACAGCCUUCUGUAGGUGGACCAGCAGAAAUUGUUACUUAUGAAAGUAGUAGAAACUUGCAACAUGCCCAAGUUGGUUCUUUAGUGAUAAAUGACGAUGACAUGAUGACACAGAAGAUUGCUAAGUUUUCUCCUGACAGGCAUAAGGGUGUUAACUCUAGUACUGUGUCCUGUGUUGAUGAGGAAAAGAAAGGAUCUAAUUUUCUGAUUCAGGUUCAAGAAAAUCUUUCAGCAGUAGAGUAUAAAGAAUUUGUGGGUUUUAUGAAGGCUUUGAAGUCCAAAACGAUGAAGAUUAAUCAUGUGCUGCAAUCUAUUGCAAGCUUAUUUUCUGCUCCAGGGAGGUUUCUUCUUCUUAGAAGAUUCAAGGAUUAUAUCCCUGAGAAGUAUCGGCCUAUUUAUGAGCAGCAUCUUAGAAUUCAUGAGGCUGCUAACCAUGGAUCUUAAUUCAUUUAGAGUUUGGAUAUCUUGGUGUUUGGACUUUCUUGGCUAAGCUGAAGACAGUCUUGAUUCAGGGUAGUGCUGGGAUGACAUGACUGAUAUUUUGUGCUUCCUCACAUGGUCACAUAUUAGUCAGAAUCUUCAAGCAGACAAUUAUCUGUUCAAGUUGGAAGUCUAUCCCAAUGCAUUUACGUGAAUUACCUUAUUGUUUAUUGUCAAUGGGGUUUGUGAAACUUAAUGUGAUGAUUUGGGGCCACAACUUGCAAGGGACUCUUGAAGGCUGAAGUUUCUGUGGUCUUACCAAUCUGGAUGUUACAUUUGAUGAGAUUUUAACAUAUUGGAACUGUAAAUUGAACUGUAUAUAUAACAGGGUGGACACUGAUACAAUUCGGCUAGCCGGAGAAAAUUUAAUAGAUAUCCUGGUGAGAAGAUAAGCCAUGCAUGGUGCUGGUCGCAUUCCUUUCUUCACAUUCACGGGCAGCAUCAAGUAAAGAAGCCAAGCAACAACCAUCAAUUAAUUGGAAACUGAAACUGGCUACGCUGUAGGUGUGGUGCUUCACAGUGGAUAUGGAGGAUGUUUUGUGGUGUUGUGCAGAGUCAGACAGGUAUUGCUGACCAACAAUAGAGUUGAUGAAAGGUAUGAUGGGUGGACACUGAUGCAAUUAAGCAAAUUAAUAGCAUGAAUCCUGAUGGAAAGAUGAGACGUGCAGGGUGCUACAGCAAUUACUUUUCCCACUUUUGUGGGCAACAUAAAAAAGGAGAGGGGCAGGGGCAAUUAACACCCUCUAAUUAUUUAGAUAAAUGAAACUAAUGAUACUGCAGGUCUGGAAUGGUGGUGCUUGUUAUGUGUUGCUGACGGAUGGUGGUGAUGGAAGUAAUUUCGGGAGUCAUAUAAUAGUAUGUGGAGCGGUGAGCAGAGCUGGUGGAGUAUUUGGAACCAUCACUAUUACCAGUUCGAAAGAAUGAUGAAAAAGAUCAUUACUAUCAUUAACUGCUAAGCUGGGAUCACUUUCUCAUUAUGUAUACAAAAGAUGUUUGCUGCCUGAAGAAUUUGGGUUUCAUAUGGAUGCCCCUUGGAUAAGAUACGUUCAAUUAUUUCUGGCAUGAGGAGAAUACUUGUACAUUGAUAAGGAUUGGAGCCGCAAGGUAAUUAUUCUUGUACAAAUUUGUUUUUGCCAACCAUGUAACAUUUGAAUGUAAUAUUUAAAACUAGUAUUGAAUAUUUAAGAUGAUUGUGAGACUAUCUAUGCA